CAAAUUCUUGGACAUUGACAAGGCAAUUCUUAUCGAGGACCACUUUUAGUUAUAUACCAUUCUGCCCUAGUGCAGGCUCCAUAAUAAUCCCUAUCCGCAUCUACACUGUCUACUCCGUAUUACCUCUAACACUGGGCGAACUUCAAACAAACGAGGGCUCCACUCUCCCAGGGGCCCGACGAUCUGAGACCGCUAAUCGAACAAAAAUCCCCUCUGAUAUAUUUGUUGACCAUGCUAUACAUUUGGGAAUAGGAGGUAAUCGGAUCUAAAGAUGACAGCGGGAGGAGCUUCGGGUGCUUCGAGGCCGUCCUUGCGAGGACGGCCAAAGUUUUCCACGCGCACCGCUGCGGAAGACGAUUCCAGACUGGCUCCAGACGAAUUCCUCGAUGCCUCUGCAGCUGACAGUCUCCGUCCAUCAAAUGGCCAGUCGAGCCAAACGCCCAGUCCAUAUGAGCCGCUCACAUCCAGAUCGCAGCCUGAGCCUCGGGAACAUAAUCAGACAGGGAGGUGGUUUGGGAAGCUAUUACCCUCGCGCGAUGGAAAGCAGCGUCAUGGAAGACAAGAUAUUUCCGAUACACAGCCAUUUCAUGGGAGCUCGGUGGCGAUAGACGUGGACAAGAGGGAUACAAACACACACAGACAUCACCCAGUUCAUAUGGACAAUUCGAACAAACUUGGGACAUUCUCGGGGGUCUUUGUUCCUACCACCCUCAAUGUUCUCAGUAUUCUUAUGUUCCUCCGUUUCGGAUUCAUUCUGGGACAGAGCGGUGUCAUUGGCAUGCUGGGCAUGCUAAUUGCUUCUUAUAUGAUCAAUCUCGUGACCACCAUGUCGAUUUCCGCCAUUGCAACGAACGGGACAGUCCGUGGUGGAGGCGCCUAUUAUCUGAUAUCCCGGUCACUGGGGCCCGAAUUUGGUGGUUCAAUCGGAAUAGUCUUUUAUCUGGGGUUUGUUUUUAACACCGGUAUGAACGCGGUCGGUUUGAUCGACUGUUUUGUUGAGAACUUUGGCACAGUGUCUGGUACAUGGGCCAACUUCCUCCAAGAAGGGUUCUGGUGGCAGUAUCUUUGGGGAACUAUUGUGAUGGUUCUCUGCACGGCGAUCUGUCUCGCUGGCAGCUCUAUUUUCUCGAGGGCGAGCAACGGGCUGCUUGUCAUACUCCUGGUCUCUACUCUGAGCAUCCCGGUUUCUGCACUGGUGAUGAAGCCUUUUUAUGCCCCGCAGCUGGGAGUCGAGUUCACUGGGUUCCGAAUGCGGACAUUCCUUGAGAAUUUGAAACCGAGACUCACGAAAGGAGCGGCUGGCAGCCAGCUUCGCGGGCGUGAAAACUUUCAGGACCUUUUUGGGAUCUUGUUCCCGGCUACUGGAGGGAUCUUCGCAGGCGCAAGUAUGUCCGGAGAUCUCAAGAACCCAAGCAAGUCGAUCCCUAAGGGCACCCUCUCUGGUCUUGCCCUGACGUUCGUCACUUAUACUCUCGUUAUUGUCUCCAUGGCGGCUUCUAUUACCAGACAAUCCUUCUACAAUAAUGUCAAUAUUAUUCAAGUUACGAAUAUUUCCAGUGGCAUUGUCCUGCUCGGAGAAUUUGCGACAAGUUUCUUUUCUUCCUUGAUGGGAGUGAUCGGUUCAGCGAAGCUUUUACAAGCGAUUGCUCGGGACAGAUUGCUACCUGGUCUCUCAAUCUUUGGCCAGGGGAGUAAGAAAACUGACGAGCCUACGUAUGCGAUCUUUCUGACCUUGAUUGUCACCCAGCUCUCGAUGUUGUUGGACAUCAAUAAAAUCGCAUCGUUCAUAACGAUGACUUACCUCAUGACUUUUUUGGGGACAAAUCUUGCAUGUUUCCUGUUAAAGAUCAGCUCCGCACCGAAUUUCAGGCCCUCUUUCCACUACUUCAACUGGUACACAGCAGCCGCCGGAACCUUACUUAGCGGGAUCUGUAUGUUCUUCGUGGACGGUCUGUAUGCAACUGGUUGUGUUGGCAUCCUCGUCAUCCUCUUUUUGAUGAUACACUACACCUCUCCUCCGAAAUCGUGGGGUGAUGUGAGCCAGAGUUUGAUCUAUCAUCAGGUCCGAAAAUACCUGCUGCGUCUGAAACAGGAGCACGUCAAGUUCUGGCGACCGCAGAUCCUUUUGUUUGUGAACGACUAUGAUACCCAGUACAAGAUGAUUCACUUUUGCAAUGCGUUGAAGAAGGGUGCUUUGUUUGUUCUCGGUCACGUUAUCGUGACGGACGACUUUGAAAACUCCGUCCUCGAAGCUCGCCGGCAACAAAGUGCAUGGACGAAGUUUAUUGAGUACUCGAAGGUCAAGGCUUUUAUCAACAUCUCAGUGUCUCCAAGUGCAGAGUGGGGAGUGAGAAAUAUCGUCUUGAACUCUGGUCUGGGCGGGAUGAGACCGAACAUAGUUGUCAUCGACCAAUAUCGCAAGGAGAAGUCCCCUGUUGAGAUUGUCACAUCCCCCACGGCUUUACGGAGACAGUCUUCCGCCUCUCAUAGAACUGGCGACCAUUCGCAACAGAUAAAACAGGCCAACCCGAUCAGUGAACAGAGCUACAUGACCAUUCUGGAGGAUCUUCUGUUCAAGCUUCGCAUCAAUGUAGCAGUCGCGAAAGGUUUCGAAGAACUCGAGCUGCCGAAUGCCACUGGACAGAACACCAAGAAAUACAUCGAUCUUUGGCCAAUUCAGAUGUCUGCUGAGCUGGCUGCAGACAGAGAAAGCAAGCAGAAUGUCCUUACCACCAAUUUCGACACCUAUACUCUCAUCCUUCAAUUGGGUUGCAUCCUUAACACUGUCCCGUCGUGGAAGAAAAGCUACAAACUGCGUGUCGCAGUCUUUGUCGAGUAUGAGACUGAUGUGGAUGAAGAACGUGGCCGAGUGGAAACACUGCUCGAGAAAUUACGGAUCGAGGCCGAAGUCCUUGUUUUCUGGCUUGCCAGUGGUGAUGUGAAGACGUAUCAGGUCAUUGUAAAUGGCGAUACAUCACCGAGAAUGGCCGAGACUGUGGAUAAGGUCGACUCUGCUCUGAAAGACGAGGCCUGGUGGCGGGGACUCCAGAACCUUCGCAAGGGAUCUCAGGAUCUUCGGUCUCAAAGUAAACUGAACAAGAUAUCCAAGCUGCUGGGUCAAAUGCCCAAUACUUCAUUUCUGGAAGGACGGCACAAACCGACUCAGCGCUUUGAAGGCAUCAGACGGCUGAUCGAGUCUUCCAAGAGACGACGUUCGAUCUCAAGUUUCGGCGGUCUUGGGGUUAGCAUGGGUAUGCAGACGCACCGCCUGCUAGACUCAUUCGUCGAUGCUCAUGCGGAGAGUAGCUCGGAAACAUCCGACAGCGAAGAGAGCGAUUUCGAACCCUAUGUGAGCGAUCCGGGCGAAGAGAGUGAGGCAGAAGGCAGCGUCUCCCCAGGAUCUAAGAAACCAGCUGGACCCCCUACCCCGGGUACCCUGAGGCGUUCAAAGAGUGCGGAUGUCACUCUCGGGUCAGGCGAAGCUGGUGGCAGUUCUAAGAACCAAGCCGGUCAACGAACACCGCCAAUGAUCACGGCUACAAAUACGAAUGAGCAGCAAACACCUACCAGAAACCCAAUUCCGCGUACUGCAUCCAGCAACCGAUUCACGUCAGCCCCAAUUCCAGAAACCAAGGUCAAUCCCGAUGAAGGCCCCGGUCCUUCCAUCAUGUUCGCGAGCGGAUCCCCACCUCGUCCGGGCCGUGAUUUUACGCCCCAUGUACAUGAAUCUAUAUACGCUCAUCCAUCGCCUUCUCCUACUCCUACUCCAGCAAGCGCCGGGCCUGCCUCUGGUUUCCCAUCUCAAGCCUCUAUGGCGCUCUCUUUCAAUGACCUGCCCUGCCGGGCACAGCAUUUGAUCCUCAACGAACUGAUGGCCAUGCACAGUCACGAAACGGCAGUGAUAUUCAGUACUCUUCCCUCUCCCAUCGAAGGUACGCGACGUGAUGAAGCUGCCUGUCAGUCAUAUCUCAGCGACAUGGAAAUCCUGUGGCAAGGACUACCGCCCUGUCUGCUGGUACACAGCAAUAGCAUGACCGUCACGAUGAACUUGUAAGGAUAGAUAUGACCGUUUCUUUUGCUUUUCUUGUCUUGUCAUUUUACCAUACGUUCUGCCUAGCAAAUACGCCGCCCCCACAGUUCUGAGAGCAUCAUUUGGAUGUUUUGGAAACAAGAAGAACUGGCUUAUUAGCGUUCCUGAUGAUUUAUAGACACGACAUGAUAUCAGUGCUACGUUCUUGGAUUAGCGAGUGCUUCCUUCCUAUAGAUCUACCACUUUUGGAUAGCAAUGUCUGUAUAUAGUACUAGUGCUUGCCGAAAAGUAGGUAAAUGCAUACAACUGUAGCUCUAUAAGCUUCUUCACCUCACGCAACUAUCCUGACCAAGUAAUCU